AUGGCCGUCGCGACCUGGGAGACUUCACUUACUGCCCUCAAGGACAAUACCCCCGCUGCUGCAGAGGCCGCUGCCUCUACUUCCCUGACUGAGCGCAUCGCAGCUGCUGACAAGGAAUUCGCUGCCUCGAUUGUUCGCUUCUUGAUCUACUCAGACGGAACUUCACUCUGGAUUACAAACAAGUUCCAAACUGGACAGGGCGCGUGUCCUAAAGUCGGAGCUGCCGCUUUCACAGGGUUCCAGACUGGCUGGUUGUCUGGCACUUACAAGCUCGUCAUCACCGCCCACCAUGUAAAAUUGGUCAGCCGUUUUGGACUCAUUGUCUUCCACGGUACGGGCUUCGCGCCUCCCCCUCUUCGCGGUAGCUGGCCCGUCGUUUUCUAA